GGAGGAGGAGGAGGAGGAGGAGGAGGGGGAGGCAGUGGCUCUGGACCCAAUCGGGGCGGCCUGAACCCUCGCGGCGGCGAGCGACCGGGAGGGCGCCCCGCGGCCGGCGCUGCCCGCGCCGCUGGGGAGAGAGAGAGGGAGAGAGAGAGAUCGCCGCUCGGGCGCGCGCCUCCACGGGUCGAGCAUCAGUCGGGCAGCAGCAGCAGCAGCUCACUCGCCGGCAGCGGCCUCGGGCGGCAAAGACUGACGGCGGGCCCGGAGCUGCAGGGGCACGUCGUCGGAGGUCCACUUCGCCAGGUCCUCCCGCCACCGCGCGAGGCGCACGGGCACGCCGGGUCGGCCCGGCACGUGGCCCUCUGUAUCGUCCAGCGCCACGACGAGCGACUCCGCGUGCCAGGCCGAUCCUCCGCAAACCACAUCACGAAGGAACUCUGGUCGAACUCAGGCGACCCCUCCACCUUGCUGACCUCGAGCGGCUCGAAGUCUAUCUGGUACAGGUCGUGUUUGAGCUCCUCCUCGCUGCAGUCUCUAAGAUUCCAGGCCACCACCAGAGUCCUUGGCUUGGGCUUGGGCCGCCGGCGGCUGGCCGGGCGGCUCGUGCGGGUGGGCCCCCGCGGGCGGCACGCCAAAGGACUGCCAGGCCGCCGCCUCCACGCUCGAUGCGCCAGGGGCGGGCAUGCCCCAGCCGGCGCCCAGGGCCCACGGAGGCAUGCCUGUGUGGCCUGCCAUGGGCCCCAUGCCCGCCGGAAACCUGCCACAAGACCCGGCGGCGGCCCCAUGUUGCCAGCAACGCCCGCGCCUGGCGCGACCGGCCUGGGGCCGUAGGGGAAGGCCGAGCCCGAGGGCAUGCCGGGCACAAACUCGCGCGCGCCCUUGUCCGCCCACAGGCUGUGGAGGUCCGAGGCGCUCUGCCCCGCGCCCGCGGCUGCGGCUCCGGCGCCAGCGUCCCACUGCCCGGCCGGCGGUGCGGAGCCGCCGGACCACAUUGCUCCCCGGGUCGCACAGCCACGCGCGGUCCUGCCCGCCGCCAGCCUGGUGGCGUGGAGAACCGCGUGUGGCUUGGUGGAGCCCCCCUCCCUGGUCCAGGAGGGGGCCCCACCAGACCUGGAGCCA